UGUAGACCUUGUUAGACAUCGGUAGUGCUCCCUGUCUCCUUGGGGUCUGACUAAUCAGUACGUCAUUAGUUCUGACAUAACGCAAGUCGCAAAGAGAACUUUGAGCACUGACUGAUCUGAACCAGGGGGCGUUUCUUGCUAGAAUGUGGGGAAUUUGCAGCAGAACGAUGGUAAAGGUGGGGAUGGCGAAACCCUGUGGCUUAAUGAAACCCUGUCACUUGGUGAAGCCUGUGUCGGUGACUCGAGUCUCUGGCAGAUAUCUGACCCACCAGAAGGGACUGCCCAGUCUGCCGGUCCCCCCUCUGCAGCAGACCUGUGAGCGAUAUGUCAGUGCCCUUGAGCCCAUCGUGGAGGUGGAUGAGCUGAAGCACACUAAAGAGCUGGUGAACGAGUUUCAGAAGGCAGGAGGUGUUGGAGAGAGACUUCAGAGAGGCUUGGAAAAAAGAGCAGAGAACACUGAAAACUGGUUGUCAGAGUGGUGGGUGCAGGUUGCAUAUUUCGAUUACCGGUUGCCUGUGGUGAUUCAUUCAAGUCCUGGGUUGGUCUUGCCCCGCAUGAACUUCAGGGAUAAGCAGGGACAAAUAAGGUUUGCUGCUAAACUGAUAGCAGGUGUUUUGGACUUCAAAAUGAUGAUUGACAAUGAGACACUCCCAGUGGAAUAUCUGGGAGGGAAGCCUCUGUGUAUGAAUCAGUACUACGAAGUGCUGUCGUCCUGCCGAGUCCCUGGUCUGAAGAGAGACUCUGUGGUGAACCAUUCCAAGACCUCCAGGCCUCCUAAACACAUCACGGUAGUCCACAACUUUCAGUUUUAUGCGUUGGAGGUGUACAACAUUGACGGGACUCCGUUGACGGCUGAUGAGCUCCGUGUUCAGCUGGAGAGGAUCUGUCGCUCCUCACCUCGGACUGACGUGGAACCUGUCGGCAUCCUCACCACCCAGCAUCGGGACUCCUGGGGGAGGGCCUACGUCACCCUCACCCGGGAUAAGACCAACAAAGAAUCAGUGUCAGCUAUCCAAAGGAGCAUCUUCACUUUGUGUUUGGAUGGAGCAAAGCCUCAAGUGACCGAUGAGGAGUACCGCAGCUGUGCUGCCGUCCAGAUGCUGCAUGGAGGAGGCAGCCAGUGGAACAGUGGCAACCGCUGGUUUGACAAGACGCUGCAGUUUAUUAUCGGAGAAGACGGGACAUGUGGCGCUAACUACGAGCAUGCCCCAGCUGAGGGGCCCCCCAUUGUGGCCUUGAUCGACCAUGUUGUAGAAUACACGAGGAAGCCAGAGAUGACCCCAUCUCCCGUAGUGCCUUUGCCCAUGCCACAGAAACUUCACUUUAACAUCACACCUGAUAUCAAGAAGGACAUUGAGGAGGCCAAGCAUGCCAUGAACAUACUGGCCCAAGACCUGGAUAUGAGAGUCAUAGUAUUUGGACACUUUGGGAAAAAUAUUCCAAAAGCCUACAAGAUGAGUCCUGACGCUUUCAUACAGAUGGCGCUUCAACUAGCCUACUACAGGAUGUACCAGUGCUGCUGUGCCACGUAUGAAAGUGCCUCCCUGCGUAUGUUCAGACUGGGCCGAACUGAUACAAUCCGAUCGGCCUCAAGGGCCUCAGCUUCCUUUGUGAAGGCCUUCGAUGACCCCAGCAAGCAGAACACAGAAAAGGUUGAUCUACUGGUGAAAGCUGUAAAUGCACACAGAACCUAUACUACCAUGGCGAUCAGUGGCCAGGCCAUAGACAGACACCUCCUGGGCCUUAAGAUGGUGGCUGUUGAGAACAACCUCUCCAUACCUGAUAUCUACACUGACACCGCCUACGCCAAAGCAUUACACUACAAGUUAUCUACAAGUCAGGUACCUUCCAAGACGGACUGCGUCAUGUGUUUCGGCCCGGUUGUAACUGAUGGAUACGGGGUGUGCUACAAUCCUAUGAAUGAUCACAUCAACUUUGCUGUGUCGUCUUUUAACACCUCUAAAGACACAGAUGCAGCACAUCUGGCCCAGGCUGUGGAGGGUGCUCUAUUAGACAUGAGGUCACUGCUGGAACAAACACCCAGAGCCAAACUGUAAAGGUCUUCAGGCUUUACAGGGCUGGUGUCAGUCAUUUACAUAGGAUGCCUACUCUUAGUGUACCUGAGUGACAUUUGAGUGAUUGACCCGUGCACCUGGUGCAACACUGUUGAUCUCCAGCUGGUGGUCUGAGCCAGUCCUCCCUCUUCUUGUGUUAUUGAUUGGUCGUCCUGUGGUGACGCACGUGUCAUUAAUAACCAUUUUUACAGAUGUCUCUGUAACUUUAAAAUAUCAUUAACAGAAAUUAAGUUGUUAAUGAUAAAUAUCCAAUCAGCUGAUGAAUUUUUGCCUCUGUGCCUUCUUCCUGUUCUGCUUUAUUGCUGCCAGAGGUUCUAUAGUGGAACAACACAAACAGAUCCAUGUGAACAGUUUCAUAAAUAGAAUUUUUUAAACAAAGAUUUUGUGUUUGACAUUCAGAGGAAAUCCAGAAAAUUGUAACUCUUUAAACAACUGAGUCUGCUUUAUUGGCCAGGUAUGUAGAUAGUUCAGCUGAAGAUGGACCAGCUGUUGUUGAGCUGCUUGGGGGAAAUCCCCAUCAUAGCUAUGUUCAGACUGGUGAAUUGUUUCCAUCGUGGUGGCAUAUUUUAUUCUGUGUUAAUGUCUUCAUAGUCCGAGUUGCUGACUUAAAAUCAGAUUUGAAAAUUAAAAACAGGAUCUUUAUUUUAAUAGUUUAACGUGACCAUGAUUGAAAUGAAGGAAUAUCACUUGUUUCUUUGACACUGAACCUAUUGAAUUAAAAUGUUGUUUCCAAAAAAAUUUGAUUGACCUUUGGUAUUUCAUCCGUGCUUGUAAAGGUAACUUCAAGGAAUUGUUCUCACAGCAGAAAUUAAGCUGAUGAAUAUAAUGCAAUUAUAUUUCUGUUCGACACUUCCAAUACAUACAUUUGUAAAAUAUAAAAUAUAAUCUAAAAUAUUUUAGUAUGGCGGAAGCUUCAAAGAAGCCCAGUUGGCUUUUUGCUUUUUCUUGCACAGUGAUACUCAUUAUUGUAUAUUGUUUUAUUGUUGAUUUUGUAUUGCUUGAUUAGUGCAAAUAAAAUAGGGUAAGGAUGUUUUUAUUUGUAUCCUAACUGUACAUACUGUUGCAUGCAGUAUGAAAACAUUAGGACCAUAGACUGUAAUUAACUAGCAUAUCAAAAAAUAUGCCCAACAUAUCAAAUAAAGGUAUGAUUGGUUGAAGAUUAUUACAAUUAACAAUAUGGUCUCCCCUAUACUUUAAUCAAGAAUAGUAAUUCUUUUAAAUACAAAAAUAAAUAAAUGAUAAAAUAGAUAUUACUUGCGUCUGUUUAGGCCAGCAUAUUGACUUUUUGCCCAUAGGUGAGCAGAAGUGACCACAUUUUGACUGUGCAGGACUGAGUAGAGAUGUCGUAUACAGCUCUGAUACCUAUCAAUCAUACUGUAGCGAUCGGAGCGGCAGAUUGAGUUAGGCGGCGCUGGUAGGUGCAUUGCAUGAUCGGACAAUCUUUAGAUGCAUUUAUAUCUCUAUCUGUUACGUUAAUGUUGUAGUGUUUAAGUUUAUGUGUGUUUUUCUAGGUUCUGUUAUGUUGUGCUCAAAUGUUACUGUUAGUUUAAUGUGUAGGAGUGUGGGCACCAUGACCCAACUUAGUAUGGCUGUGGGUGAAGUUCUUUGUUCAACGCCUUAAUAAAGUGUCUAUUUCCUGGGGUCUUGCGGUGUAUGAAACACAGGAAGGGUAUUAAAAGUAAUACCAGU